AUGUCGACCAAGUAUUCAUCCGUUCACGAAAACCCCAAUGGGCCCGGCGAUGCACGUCCCACAGCCUCUCAGGUCAUCGACGACUACGGCUUAGAAGGGCAACUGACUGGCAAGACUGUCCUCAUCACCGGUUGCUCCUCUGGUAUCGGGGUUGAAACAGCGCGUGCCAUCUACCGUACCGGCGCUACUCUCUACUUGACGGCUAGAAAUGUCGACAAGGCUAAGACGGUUCUGAGUGAUUUAGACGAUACCUCUCGUGUCCAUUUCUUAGAGCUCGACUUGAAUUCCUUGCAAUCUGUCCGUGGGUUUGCUGAGCAAUUCAAGGCGAGGACCACUACUUUGAACAUUUUAAUCAAGAAUGCCGGCGUGAUGGCCUGUCCUGAAGGCCGCACAGCCGAUGUGUUUGAGACCCAAUUUGGCACCAACCACCUGGCUCAUUUCCUCCUUUUCUACCUCCUCAAAGACACGUUACUCAAUUCAACAACACCUGAGUUCCACUCCCGGGUCGUUAUUGUUUCUUCUUGUGCCCAUCAGGCGGGCUCUGUUCGUUUCGACAAUUUGACUUUGGAAGGGGAAUACGAUCCAUGGAAGUCGUAUGGCCAGAGCAAGACGGCCAACCUUUGGACAGCGCGUGAGAUUGAGCAACGUUUUGGAGAGAGCGGGGUUCACUCAUGGGCCCUUCAUCCAGGGUCUAUCGCGACAGAGCUUCAACGACAUGUGCCUGCUUCAGUUCAAAAAGAGUGGGCGGAUGAUAAAGAGGGCGCUAAAGGAUGGAAGAGCGUCGAGCAAGGUGCGGCAACCACUGUGUUGGCAGCUGUGUCGCCGGAACUUGAAGGAAAAGGUGGACUUUACUUGGAGGAUACGCAGGUGGCACAGCCUCCGGCAAGGGGAACGUCUGGUAUUGCAGACUGGGCGUAUGAUAACGAAGGGCCGUCUAAGCUUUGGUCAAAGAGCCUUGAGCUUUUGGGACUUGAAUAG